AUGUCGCUUAUGAGGACGAUAGUCUCCUCUUCUCCUCGUUUCUCGACCCUACAAGCUACGAGUUUUCCGAUGCGUUAUCAGGUAGAAUUAGAGAAAGAUAGAUACUUGGAGAAGUUCAAGGUGGGAAUUUUAGAUUUCUUUAGUGUUCAUGUAGACGAGAAGGAAGGGGUGCUUCAACCUCACGAGUCGCCUGAACCUCAGAAAGUGAUGAAGAGUGGCAAGUAUAACUUGCGUGUAAGUCUUUCCUGGGACAAUGCGUUCUUCACGAGUUCAGGUGUUUUGGAACCUGAAGAAUUGUCCUGCAUGAUGGAGAGCAAUCAUAAGAGUGGAAUGAAGUCUUUACUGCCAUUGAAGAAGAUACUAAUAGAUCGACAGAAUCUAUCUCUGCAUUUCAAAGUGACUGCACUGUGGAGAACAGUGAGGAGUUUGAUGAAACCCAAAGCCAGUCCUAAGAAGCCGAGUAUUAGAGCACAAGGACUACGGAAGGCAGCAAAACAGCCUUUUGCUAUAAGGGGAACACUGGUAAGGGGACACAUUACUCGGUUUACGGGGUGUUCAAAAGAGCGAGUACUAGAUCACACGGGUUUGACCACACGCAGGCCGGUUGGAGCUGCAGUUGGGUUUGUGGAUAAAGAAGCUGCGAAAACUUUCACGUUUCUCGAAUCUGGCGUCACGGAUUCAAGAAGCGGGCAAGCUCUAAGACAAUCAGCAAGCUAG